GUUGUUAAGAAGAAAGAAAGUAAGGUUAUUGAAGUGUAAUAUAAAUAAAUAUAAUAUAAAAAAAUUGUACAAAAUGUGGAAUUUAUGUAAAUUAACAAUAUCACCUAAUGUAAUUGAAAAUAAUUUAUUUCAACAAAUUGUAAGAUGGAGAAGAAAACCACGAUGGUUACCGGUGGCAAAAAGUAAAUUAUACAAAGUACCUAAAAGACCUGAAAUUUCAGAAAGUGAACGAAACGAACUCUUUCGUCUUCAUACAAAUUACAAGACUCAAGUAAAAUCUAUAAGACAUUUCUUAAUCAAAGAAUUUGAGGCUCAACAAAUAAAAGAAGAUGAAGUUCAAGUAAAAAAAGAUUUUGACAUCGAUUUUGAAAAAUGCAGAAAAAUUAAUGAGGAAUGGAAUUCAAGUAUUAUACCAAUAAGAGAGGCUAGAAUUCAAGCUGAGAAAAAAUUAGCACAAGAUAUCGUUAUGCAACGCAUGAUUACACAUCAAGAAAAUUUAAGGCAGAAACAAAAUAUUAGUGAACAAAUUAUAAGAGCUGAAAAGGAAAGAUCAAAAACAUAUAUCACCCCAGAAAAUAUUGAUGCUGCAAUUGAAAAAGCUUUAAAUAAUGUCGUAAAUUAUAACUUUGCAAUCGAUGCUCAAGGAAAUAUAAUUAAUGACAAACAAGAUAAAAAUGUUGAAAAUGUACAGAAUUAAACGAAUACUAUAACAAAACUGUGAUUUUUAUCUUUGUAGUCAUAAAAG